AUGUCCCCACAGAUCCUGCAGACGGGGCAGGAGAUCCUGGAGCUGGACACGAGCGGCUUCGCCACCCAGGGACCCACCGUGUUCGCCGGGAACCUGGGGGACGGACAGUACAUCGUGCAGGUGUCACCCCUGGGGCUCAGGCUGCUCGAGGGAGUGACGCAGCUGCACUUUGUGCCGGUGGAUUUGGGGUCCCCGAUCGUUCACUGUGCGGUGGCCGAUCCCUUCGGGGUCCUGCUCAGCGCCGAGGGCCACCUGGCCACCUUCACCCUCAAAGGGGACACCUACGGUGGCCGUGCCCCACGCCUGGCCCUGCUCAGGCCACCCCUGUCAUAUCAAUCCAAGGUGACAGCGCUGUGCCUGUACCGGGAUCUCAGUGGGAUGUUCACCACCGAGAGCCGCGUCCCCCGCGAGGAUCCCCCGCCCCGACCCCACGCCGAGGCCGAGACCCUCAUCCAGGACCUCAGUGACUCCGUGGACGAUGAGGAGGAGAUGCUCUACGGGGACUCGGGGGCCCAGCGCAGCCCCCCCAAGGAGGAGCCGCGUCGUCCCGGCCCCCCCGAGCGGGACCCCCCCCAAAACAGCCCCGAACCCACCCACUGGUGUGUCCUGGCGCGGGAGAACGGGAACAUGGAGGUAACUGGGAAUACUGGGAAUGCCGGGAAUGCUGGGAACGCCGGGAAUGCCGGGGAGGGGGAGCGGGAAGAGCAAGGGGGGUGCUGA